CUCACUUUCAAAGGUGGGCCACUGAUAUCCCUGCCAAUAGAGUUCCCACCGUCCAGGACGGGAUUAUGUCUACUUUUUGCAGAUAUGGUUGGGACUAGAAUUAGCAUCUCCAAGCCUGAGGCCGUGGUUCUCCACUUAAACAGCUGGAAUAGCACCAGAGACGAGUUGGGGUCUCUUUACUCACUUAUAGUUAAGAGCUGUAUGUAGCGACUGUGGAUACAAACAAUGGAAAUGAGCUUCCUUGCAGUGGUGUCUGGGCUCAGCCUUAAAGAUAGAGUGAGGAGCUUGAUCCGCAUCCAAGGGUGUUGAUUCAGGCAUGCGUCCUAGGUGAGGUGUUUCAGGUAAGUUCUAGAGGAAGAAGCCUGGGAAGAUCAACGGUACACUGGAGAGAUGACAUCUUUCACCUGGCGUGGGAAUACUUUGGUGUUUCGCUGGAGGAGGUGGCCAGGAAGAGGGAGGUCUGGGCCUCUCUGCUCCGCUACUGCCCCAUACCCCAAACCUUGAUAACCAGCAGAAAAAGGUUGGAUGGAUGGAUGAGGACUAAAAAGCAGCUAGUAAGGGAGGGAUAAAUGAGCAGACUAGGUUGACAAAUAAAGAGACAAAAACUAGAAUAAGAAGGUGUUCUAGUUUGCUUGGUUAUAUUUGGACUUUAAAAGUCCAGCAAAUUAGCUGUGAAUGUACCAAAAUUAGUGGAGGUAUGGUGACAUACAAAAACUGGGAGGCCUAGUAGAAACAAAGUCUGGCAGAAAACUAGUGAAACUUGUGUGGCUUAUAAAGUUUUAGUAAGAGAUUGUCAGUGCUUUAGAGUUCUGCCAGCAAAGGUCAAAUAGAAAACUCAUUAUUUGAUAAGACUGGCAGAACAUAUACACAUCUUGUAGAAAUUUGUAGGACUGGGGCUAGAAAAUGUCCAGAGAGCUGGUACAGUACAGCUAGUAAAAGCAAUAAAAUAACUUUUCUAGGUCUAGUUGAAAACUUUAGAGAUAGUUAACUAGUGGAAGAGACGUUGGACCAGCUAAGAUCAAGUAGAGAGCUUGUAGACAGGAUAGUAGAGGACUGCUGCUGAGGACUAGUGUCUGGUAGGACUAAAAUGACAUUAGAAAAAUUAGCUGAGGUUUAUGUAGAAAUUAACAGGACUGCAGAAAAACAGACUUGUGGAAAACUCAUUCAGGGGUGAAUACUUAGAAGUUGGCCAACCAGGCUUUGAGGUCAUGCUUAUAUUGCAGCCUGUUCACUGGUGUGCCUUUGCUCUUGAUGGCGCUCAGUUGUAGUUUUGUACGUGCACGUGGACAGAGACAAGUGCUUAUGCGGACUUUUUUUUUGCAGCACUGUUUGCGUGGACAUGAUAUUUUUGAAAACAGUAGAGGACAAAGCCUGUUGUUGGUCAGUAGAUAAAUAAUUUGUUGGUUUGUUCCUUUCCUUGUCUUUUUUUGUCAUGAUGCCACAAACUGAGAGCGAGCGAGCAACCUGGUGACACAGAGAGAGACAGACAGAGAGAGAAAGAGGGAUUUCCACUGAGACACAGGGGCUGUCAUCACCGUUCACCAUGAAUAUCAUCACCUCAGUGAUUCACAUACACUGUGCACUCUGUCUCUUUCUCGCUGUGUGUCGGUCGCCCUCCUCUACCCUCACACACGUGUCUCUCUGCGUUCACACAAACAGUCAGGCAGCGAGUCUGCGCUGUUUGGUGUGGGAUUUCUCUUGGUUAGUUUUUUUUUGUUAUCAGGGGAGCAGAUGAUAGGAAAGAGAGAGAGGAGGAGGAGGCUGAGGAGGUGAGACAGCUGUCUUCCUGUCCGUAAUGUGGAGUAGUUUCAUGAGUCGAGGAAGUGGGAGUGGUGCAGUGGGCGGAGCAUUGCCAGGUCUCAUAGGUGCCACUGGUCCCUCAGUCAUGAUGAAACCGUUUCUGCCGUUUCCUGUCGAGACAACGUCACCAGUUGGACUUUUCCCAAACUUCAACACGAUGGACCCGGUGCAGAAGGCUGUCAUCAACCACACCUUUGGUGUUACCAUGGUACCGAAAAAGAAACAGGUCAUCUCCUGUACUGUCUGCCAGCUGAGGUUCAACUCUGAUUCUCAGGCUGAGGCUCAUUACAGAGGAAGUCGUCACGCAAAGAAGCUCAAGUCUCAGGAGAACAAAGCCAAGGCUAAGCUGUCAAAUUCUGCAGAAACCAAUGGGAGCGUCUGUAAUCCUGCUGGCCCCGCCCCUCUUGUCUCAGCUGUCCCCGCCCCUUUUGUCUCAGCUAACAGCAGCACUAAUCAACACACAGAUUUCUUAUCCAGAACCGCAGACUCCCCGUCUCCUGUCAAAUCUUUCCUCCUCCCCUCUACCUCCCCUCUCUCUUCUUCCUCCCCCUCUUCGAGUAGAGCAGGCAGUGAGCCUCCUCCAUCCAGCCCCCCAUCGGGACUCCCAGCUCCAGGCCUCUCUUCCUCUUCGUCAUCCUCUUCUUCCAAAGCUUCUUCCGCUUCCGCUCCUGUCACCACCUCGUCUUGCCCUGCUCCUCUUCCAACUGCACCCUCCCAGGAUGCUUCACCUUCAGUAGAGUCAGAAGAGGAGAAGGCGAAAAAGCUGCUGUAUUGUUCUCUUUGUAAAGUCGCAGUCAACUCGCUCUCUCAGCUGGAGGCUCAUAAUGCAGGAUCAAAACAUAAAACAAUGCUGGAGGCUCGUAGUGGCGCUGGGCCGAUCAAAGCAUACCCUCGACCUGGAGCAAAGCUGAAGAACGGCAGCAGCUCGGGACUGAAGGGCUCCGGCUUGCAGAACAAAACCUUCCACUGCCAGAUCUGUGAUGUCCAUGUCAACUCUGAGAUCCAGCUUAAACAGCACAUCUCCAGCAGGAGGCACAAGGACAGAGUGGCAGGAAAACCCAGCAAACCCAAGUACAGUCCUUACAACAAACAGCAGCGCGGCUCACUCACCAAGGAGCUGGUGAAGCCUGCGCUCUCACCUUCAUUCCUCUCCACUCCUUUUGCUCCACCAUCUUCUCCGCUCACCCCCUCUCUAUCACUCCCUCCAUCCUCUCUGUCCUCCUCCCCCCUCCUCACACCGACGUCCUCCCCCUCACACCUGCAAUCUCUAUCCACCCUCGCCCUCCGGCCUCUUCCCCCCUUUUCACAGCCUCCUUCCUCCGUCCAGCACCUGGACCAAUCAGAGCGAGCCAAGGAUCGAUUCUCUUCACGCCGUACUGAUGCCAGCAGAAGCAGGAAGUCAUGCCAGCGAACUUUGACCUCUGACAUGCUUUUUGUUGCCACUACGGGGACAUGGGAGACAUCAGCAUUAAGACUGCAGGGAUUCAAACCUGCAACCUCCUCACUAAGAGAGAUGUGAACUGCCUCUUGCCCACCAGAAGAGGAGAUGUUCGUUUAAAUAAUCCUGAACCUGGGCAGAACCAGUGGAUGAACAAAAAAGCAGAAUAAAAAAAUAUCAAAAGAGUUCUUUUAUCGACACAUGUGAAGUUACUGGAAACCAAAAAAUACAGAAAUUGCUCAACAUUGUUUAGAAAGCACUAAGUGACCGUAGAAACUUCCAGAAUCUAAAACAGAGGGCCUACCUUAGAGAAAGCCAAGUCUAGAACAAAUAUCCGUUUUUAGCAGCCUGCAUUGGCUAAAAAUUGGGCUUUUAACGUAUUUUGGUUUGUCGGAGCUGACAAGACACCGAAUCUAAAGACAACCCAGAACCUGCUCCCAAACUCUUACCAACAAAGGUAACAGUGCUGUUACUGAUUUUUUGGGAGGUGGGUUUUGAGGAAGUUUGGACUUUUUGAUGAGGCCAGACACAAAAGCUGAUGGGAACAUUUUGAUCGAGAUCCCAGUUUGGGUUCUCCCUCAGAGGUUGCAGAGGAUUGGAGGAGCUGUUCUCUGACCUGCUCGAGGAGCUUAGCAGCACAAAUAAGACGUCAGAAACUCAGCAGAUGUCGUCUAUCAUGACCUAACACUACUGCAGCUGUCAGCGUGCCCUCACUCAGACGUCGCUUCUCUCGUGUUUCACUUAUACAUAAUUCCUGAAGAAAGUUAAAAAAAGUUGAAGGAUGGAGUACGCAGCAUUUUGUACUUAUUGUCAACAAACCGCAUGAAAAUACUAAAACCAGCUAUGUUUGUUCAUCUCUAAAAACAGUUAGACGUCCUGCCGUGCAGCUCCGAAACCUACAUGGUUUACAAUAAAGCCUAUAUGGUUUUAUUUAUUAGUGGGGAUAUGGUGGUGUGAACUGUGUGGCUAAACAGGCGGCCUGUUUUCAGCUUCUGCGAUUGUUUGACCUAAUGAUCUGUUUGGUGAUGUCAUUAAAACUUUAUUAAUUGGUUACUGAUGUAUAAAAACUUGACCAAAAAUUUCACUUACUUUUUUCCUUAAAAAAGAACAGAAAUAAAAUAAAAUAGCUUUUUAUUCAACUGUUUUUCAGUUCUAAUAUCUCCCUCCAUCCAAACCGCCAGGCAAGCAUGCAAUUUAAUGUGUAAAAUGUUUCUGUUUUUUGCCCCAAAACAGUUGAAUUUUGAUACAUGUGAGCUACGUGAAUACUAAAAUCAGCUUUAAAAUCCUUAAAAAGUGUAAAACAUCUGCAACUGAUGACAUGACCUGACACAGCACUGCAGCACAUCCUGCUCUGUGUCCUCACUGGCGGCUACAGCUUCACCAAGUUGCAAUAAACCAGAUAUAUUCUUUAGUGGAAACAUGAGAAGCAGUUUAAACCAGACAGCCUCUCGGAUCAACAUUGUUACAUAACCGUUAAUGGUUAUCUAAAGCUUUGCUCAUUAUUGUCGCCGACUUGUGUUUUCUGCUUUCUGUGUGACUAAUGUGUGACUAGUGUCCCCGUGUCCUGUCCCCCUGUCUCCGCUGCCUGUUGAAAAAUGAUUUUGGACUCUGGACGGAGAAAAGGGCCUUGUGUCUGAUUCUUUAGUUUUAUUGAAUCUUCCUGCUGUCACUGAACUUGCUGGAGUUUGAAGCAUCUGAGCAGAACUUUUACUAAAAGCUGAAGAGUUGGAGAGACGUUUUAAAACAUUACUAGAACUUUCCACAACCUGCAACUAAGCUCACGGACUCUCCAUCGAUGAAACAAACUUUUACCUACAGCUUUAAUUAAUGCUUCUCUGGUUAUUUUUGUGCUCUAAUUAUUUAUUUUACAUUGUGUGUUGUAUAUAUUUACCUAAAGCUUUUUCUUGAUUUUUCAGUAAAUGCUUAAAUUAAGACUUUUGGUCCAUUUAGCACUCUGGUCCAGGGAUGGUUAUCUCAAGGUGCACGAUGAACCCAUUCGCUUUUAAAGCUUUCUUUGGCCUUCAUAUGACCGUUUUCAUCAUCACUCAAAGGUCCACUUCUUGGCUGUUUUCUGAACCUUCAGCUACAUCUCAGAGCUUUGGGUGAAUUGAGGUGUGUUUUUGUGUUUUUCACUUGUUCUUUAUAGUCCAGCUCUGUUACCCAAGAUAAUAAAAAUAGACUUGAUCUAGGAGCAGAGAAAAAUCUGUGUUGUCAAACCUGCUGAGUGUGUGAAUACACGCCAGCAUUGCAGGAUAUUUAUUCAGCCUUCCAAGAACAACAGGAAAGUGAAAAUUAGGCCAUCCAGAAGAGCUCAAAUGAUUUUUUUGGCAACAAAAUCUUGAGUAAAAACACGACUUUACCCCAGCUCGCUUAAUAUGUGAUACACAGAGGGGCCUAUUUUCUUGGCUUUUAACUUGUUUUACGUGCUUCGUUACUUAUUCAGUUUUAAUGAGUAACAAUAGUUAAAUCCUGUCUUUAGAUUAACCGUUGCUGAAUUUCUGUGCUACCUGGUAAACAAAGGAGAAUAACAUUCAGAGUGAUGUUCGUUUGUUUUCUUUUUUCUUUGUUGACGGGGUGGUUAUUUAUCUUGUUUUGGUGCAAAGCUUUGAGGCUCGAUGAAAAUAUUAUCAAUUUAAAAUGCACUUUUCACCUUGUGUAUGUUUCCUACAUUUGCAUUAUAUUGUUGUAAUGUCUGGGUGACAUCAAAUCAUAGGGUGCUGUCGCAUUUGCUGAUUUAUGUAAGAAAUAAUUGAUUU